UGGACAAUUCAAGUCCGUGAAACGUAUAUAAAUGAACAAGUUUCCGUUGUGCAAUGGGAAUCUUGAAAGCCUGAAACAAAGACUACUCUGGCCGACGCGUUGCGCAAUUGCCUGCACUGCCCUUUCCCGCACUGCCUCAUUGUAUCGCUUCGGACGACUUAAGAAGACCAAUCAGCCGCCAAAAGAUACUUCCCAGCGCCUCUUCGUUGAGACAUCACCGAGUCACAAGCUCUCCAGACGACAGACAUCAUUGCAGCGCAUCUCCGAUUCGACAUCGCUUAUCCGCCUGCACGUGAAUCUAGCGAAAUACACCCUUUUCGAGCAGGUUCCACCCAGGCACAACUCACCAACGGGCAGAGAGGCAGACAGAUCUCCACCAGGUACCACUACCUUGUUGCAGAGCUGCUCUCUCAGAACUUGCGCAGCCAAAAUUCUCCCCAUCGGCGACAUAUUUGACCCGAUCCAAAUAUACGAAGUGCGAGGCAGUAUCCCAUCAUCUGUCCAUCAUUAUUCAGAUCAUUGCUACAUCGUGUGGCAUCAUCCACCGCGCUUCCCCAAACCAAUCCAAUAGGUCACACCUGACGCGCUAGCUUAGGCUAAGCUCGCUCCUGCCCGGCCACACUGCGAAGGCAACGACGACAUCCUGCAGCAUCAUCAUUCACUCACUAAGUCAGGUAAGAACCCGAUUCAUG